AUGUCUCUAUCGAAUCUCAAAGUCCUCGUGUGCGGGGCGUCCAUCGCAGGACCCACCACGGCCUACUGGCUAGCUCGGGCCGGAGCUAGCGUGACAGUCAUCGAACGAUUCCCUCAACUCCGUACGGCAGGACAUAAUGUCGAUAUUAGGCAUCUCGGUUUGAAGGUCAUGCAUCAGAUGAAAGGUAUGGAAGAACAAGUUCUGAAGAAGAAGUUAGAUCUUAGAGGUAUAUCUUUGAAUAUGAAAUUUAUCGUGGUGAUUUAUCGUGGUGAUUUAUCUGAAAUCAUCGUUGAUUUAUCUAUCGACCUUUCUAAUUCCAAAAUACCUGUAAAUUAUGUGUUUGGAGAAGAAAUAUCAUCGAUCACUCCUACUAGUCCUGAACAUGAUGGCGGUGGCGGUGGUGAUGGAGAAAUGGAGGUUGGAUUCACGAAUGGACAACUACCAGAUGGAACAUAUGAUCUGGUUGUAGAUUGCGGAGGAUCCAUGUCCCGUACUCGAGCUAUAGGGAUGGGGUCUGAUUUCUCGCCAAAAGAUCACCUGAAUCCUGUCAAUUCCUGGACGGCCAACUUCUCGAUACCCAAGGGACCCGAUGACAAUACAAAUACUAAUAUAGCAUUAGCUCAUUCUGCUCCUGGUGGACGGGUGAUAUUUUUAGAUAAUACUCAGAAGGAACGCACCAAAGUCGUAGCUACCAAACAGACUACAUCUUCGAAGGAACUUGAAGAUUUUAGACAAGCUCUGAAAGCUGGUGAAUCACAAUUGAAGAGAUAUGUAUAUGACAUGUUCGAAGGAUCUGGUUGGAGGACCGAAGAGAUCUUAGGAGGAAUGAUGAAUUCUCGAUCUAAUGAUUUCUAUGCUGGAGAAUGGUUACAAGUCAAACUUCCUCGACUAUAUUCCCCUAAAGGGAACUUCGUACUAGUCGGAGAUGCAGGUUAUGCACCUGGUCCUACUGGAGCGGGAACUUCGCUCGCUCUGACCGGAGGAUAUAUAUUAGCUGGAGAAUUGAUGAGUGCUCAAAAGGAGGGAAAAGGGAUUAGAGCAGGUUUAGAAGCAUAUAAUGACAGGAUGAGACCUAUCAUCGAUGGUUUGCAGAAGUUACCUCCUUUCAUCAAGACUGCUAUGGCCCCUCAGACGGCUUGGGGGAUCUGGAUUAGAAAUAGGAUGUUUUCGUUCAUCGUUUGGAGUAGGGUAUUGGAAGUUAUGGGCAAGUACAUCGCUCCUGCUUUUGAGAGCGGAGAGAAGUACAAGUUACCGCAGUGUGAUUGGAAGGAAUGA